AUGUUUUUGGCUGAAAGAACUGGGAGUAUUAGUUUUGAGAAGUGGAACCACAAAUGCCUUCUUCCAGACCUCAGGAAAGAGCAAGUACUCAGCGAUACGCUGAUGAGCGAUUCAAGUAUAAGUGUACUACGGGUUAAAGUGGAACAGGGAUGGCUUCAUGGCACCACCGUAAAAAGUGCUGUCGGAGGAUCUUACAUCUCUUUCAAAGGAAUUCCAUUUGCAUCACCUCUGAUUGGGGAUCUGAGAUUUGCAGAUCCCCAACCUCCGCAACCCUGGACUGGUGUACGAGAUGCUUCAAAAGAAGGACCAAAGAGCCUCCAAGUUGACCCCACGACAUCAAAGAUUAUUGGCGAUGAAGAUUGUCUCUACCUAAACGUGGCGACCACAUCCUUGGAAGGGUCACGACCAGUGAUGGUUUGGAUUCACGGAGGGGCUUUUCUGUUUGGUGACAGUAGUACUGACUUGUUUGGUCCAGAUUACCUGAUGAAGACGGACAUUGUGUUCGUGUCGAUUGAAUACAGACUGGGUGUCCUCGGGUUUUUCUACCUCGACCAUGAGCUGGUACCUGGAAAUGCGGCUCUAAAAGAUCAACUGGCAGCAUUGAAAUGGGUGAAGGAGAAUAUCGCCCAGUUUGGUGGCGAUCCAAACAAUGUUACGCUUUUUGGAGAAAGUGCCGGUGCUGCAUCAGUGCAUUAUCAUACCUUGUCACCACUUUCUCAAGGUCUCUUUCACAAGGCCAUGAUGCAAAGUGGCAUGGCACUUUUGCCUUGUAUAGGCACGCCAGUGUCAGUCAAAAGUGCUCAUCGCUUUGUUGCUGUUCUUGGAAAAGAAACCACGGAACCACAUGAGAUUGUUGAAUACCUGCGCACCGUUCCAGCUGAAAAGCUCGUGCAAGCUCAAUCGCAACUUCAGACCGGUGAGGAGAAGUUCCAUUACACGACCCCAUUUCGACAGUGUGUCGAUGACAAGAGCAGAGAACCGUUCAUGCCGAAACCUCCCGAAGAACUUGCGGUAAAAGGUUUCAACGUACCCUUGAUGAUAGGAUACAACAGCCACGAGGGAAUCUUCUUCUUUUCGACGCCUUGCAACUGGAUACUAGAAGCAAUUGACAAGAAUUUCGAGAUUGCAGUGACUCCUGAUUUGAUAAUGGAAAAUCCAUCAAAAAUAUCCGGGGUGGCAAAGGAAUUAAGAAAGUUCUAUUUUAAAGAUAAACCAGUAACUCAAGAGACGAUCGAAGAGUUAGUCCAGUGCUAUGGUAACACGUACUUUUUUAAUGGGCUACAAAAAGUGGUUGAAUAUCAGCGUAAAAGGGACAUGCCGACCUACCUUUACAAGUUCUCUUUUGACAGUCCUGAGUCCUUGGGAAAAGUUGCGAGAAACGUGACGAUAAAAGGUGCAUCUCACGAGGAUGAAAUCCCAUAUAUAUUUUAUCCUGCGCGGUAUGCAGAUCUACUUAAAAUCGCACCAAACUCAACCAGGCAAACCGUAUCCCAACGAAUGGUCAAAAUGUGGACGGACUUUGCGAAGACUGGAAAUCCGACACCCGAGAUCAAUGAUUUGAUAACCGUCAAGUGGGAACCAGUGACGUCGGCAGCAAAAAAUUAUCUUCAAAUCGAUACGGAGCUCUGCGUUGGGGUGAAUCCAGAUGAGGACGUCGAGAUGCUGUUCAAGAGAAUCAGUGAAAUCGUAAAGAGUUAG